GCUGCUGCGGAUGGGCGGGGCCGCGUUCAGGGUCUGUGUGGAAGAGAGGAGAGAGUCAGAGAAGUGAGAGAGAGAGCAGAGAAGGAGAGGAGAGGAAAAAUAGAGAUGUGGUGAUCGGUGCUGCAGGUACACAGAUACAGGUUUCACUGCCUCUCUCUCCUCCUCUUCUUCUUCAUCCCAAAAUGUCUGGCGGAGGAGAGGUACGCGUCCUCCGCCAAGAGCCCGGCCAAGAGAGCCCGAGGAUGCCGGCCUGGAAGCGCGAGAUCCUGGAGAGGAGGAAGGCGAAGGGCGGCGGAGGAGCCGGUGUUGUUGCCGUGGAGACGACGACGACGACGAGCACGAGCUCCAACGGCGGCGGCGGUAGUGGCGGUGCGGGCUCGUCGUCUCCGCGGGUUAACGGCGAGCAAACGGGGAAUGUUAACGGCAACAGUGGACCCAAGAGCGGCGGAGGCACCGGGCGGAGCUACACCAUCACCACGGCCAGUCAACACUUCUCCUCCAACAACAAAGAGACGACGGACGCCUUGGAGAGAGAGGACGACAGACAUGAGAGCCUGGUGCUCCAGGAAAGCCUGGGCCCGCUGGAUGAGAACCCUUUCAUCAAGCUGGAGAAGGAGCGCAGGAGGCGGCAGGACCGAGAAACCGUUGCCUCCACCGCCUCCACAGCUCGUCCGGUGCAGCACAUCCUGGAGCUGUACGGCAGCGUACCGGGUAUCCGGACUAUCCGCGCUGAGAACAUCAUCAUAAUCGAGUCGGAUCCGGAUUAUUUCCCGGAAGCUGGAGGGUUUAAACCAUCCAAGUGGCAGCAGAACGGUGUGAGUAGUUACAGCUCUCUGAACGACCUCCUGGACCGCAGAGGGAGUGCUGUCACCGAGAUAAGAGCCAAGGAAGUGGUCAUUUAUGACACCACGUUGAGCAAGAGUGAGGAGAACCUGAGCACCCUGGGGCAUCAUCAUCAUCAUCAUGAGGCCCCAUCAUCAUCAUCAUCGUCAUCAUCAUAUGGGACAGGUGAUGGGCAUGGAAGGGUCAGCCGGAUGCUGCAGAAGUUUGACAGCAACUACGGGAAGCUGCAGAAGAAGUCCCACAGCACGGAGAACCUGCUGGAUCUGGACAGCAGCAGCAGGCCACCUCCACGACUCUGGUCCAGGCCACAGCCAGAUCUGGUGCCAAAGGUCAGGCCGUUGGGCCCGUCGCCAUCGGUCAGCAGCAGCCAGCCAUCGUCGCCUGUCUUCCAGAGUCCAACGUCUUCCAAACCAAAGCCACUAUCUGAGCUGGGCAGCCCCCAGCGCUCUCCCGGGUCCCCUCAGCCUGUGUCUUCCUACCGUCAACGGUUCGAGGAGAGUGGAGGUGAUGAGCCAGACUGGGGGCAAACCAAGCCCGUCAGAGAGAGAGACUGGGAGGGCUCCGAGAUGCCACCCAAACCCAAGGUGCCAUGCUCUCCAGAGACCCGUCGUAUCCGUGCUGAGUCCCCAACAAGCCCCAUCGUAUUCAAGGUGUCACGCUCCUCGUCUGACUUUGAGAUCCGUCCCUCCCCAAAGCCAGACCUCACCCAAAUUCCAGAUGGGGACUCCCAAGCAAGGGCCCUCGCGAACCUGCGCCUGCAGUCACGCAACUCCUUCACGGUGAUCCCCAAGCGCCGUGUUGCUCCAUCAUCUGCAACGAGCAGCCCAACGCCAUCCAGCCCCGUCAGGUCUUCCCCUUCCCACAGAGUGGCAAAGGUGUCCACGCCAGGAGUGCCAACCUCCCACGCCCCCAUGCCCAUGGUGACACCCUCAAUGAGGAUUGAGGAGAAACUGCAGGAGGAGAAGGAAGUGGAGAGGCCAUCCAAGCCUGAACCAUCUCCUCCUGUUGCCACAAGUCCUCCGCCACCGCCGACCUCUGAACCUCGGUCUCCAUCUCCUGCUCCCCACUCUCCACCUGCCCUGUCUUCACCACCCUCUUCUCCGGUUGUCCCAUCUUCACCCUCCUUCUCUCUGGUUCCCUCAGACUCCCCAGCCCCGUCCCCCGUCCCUUCUACCCCCUCCCCGGCUCCAGAACAACCUCCCGUGGAUCAGCUGCCGGUAACAAACAUAGACGACAUUGAGGUGGAGCCCCAGCAGCGUGUCCCCGCUCCCAGCCCCGGGGUGCAGAGGAGAAAGGGGAACACCUUCACGGUGGUCCCUAAACGUAGGGCGGAGGCCGAGGGCCAGCCAAGCUCACCUGAGCCGCCCCAGCAGGAAGCCUCAAGUGAGGCCCCGCCGGGGUCCACGCCCCCGCAGGCUCCGUACGCUCAGCUGGGCUCCCUGCUGAAGAAACGCUACCCCGCUGUGGAGGAGAUCGAGGUCGUCGGUGGGUACCUUUCCCUCGCCAAGUCCUGCAUCUCCAAGAUGGGCUCCAUGGGCAAGAAGCUCAAGAUCUCGUUCAAUGAGUCGAGUCUCCACAGUACGUACGAGUAUCCGUCAGAGAGCAGCGUGUGGGACAGCGAGGACGAGGACGAGGAGGAGAAACGAGACGGGAGGGUGGCGGACGAACAGCCAAGCAUGGUGGGGCGCAUCCACAUCCCCCGACCCAGUUUCACCAGCUCGCCCACGCACACGAACAACAGUAACGACCUUUCCAGCUACAUUCCCAAGCACUCUGUGGACUUCAGCGCCUGGCAGGAGCACAAACAUGAUGACAGUGUUUACCAGGAGGACUCCACUUCCCAACAGACACAGACGACAGAGGAAGUUAUGCUCACGCCGGCAGACAGCUCCUCCCUGUCGGACUACAGCAGCGAGCCCGCUCUCUACUUCUGAUCAGUGGGACCAGUCAGCUGUACAGUAGCAUCACACCUGUGGGACCAGCCUGCAGCCAGAGCCCCAGCGAGGUCCGUCACACCUGGGCCUGAACUGCCUCCAGCUCUACACUCCAGCCGUCUCUCUAAGCACAUCUUUCCUGAUCUGACAGGAAACAGUAUUCUGUUUUGUUUGUUUGUUUGUUUGUUGGCUGAUUUCCUGCCACGGAGCCACCACACGCCACGUUAUCAACCGCAUAUCGGAGCAGAUUUCGCCAGGGUGGCCGGUGUUUUCGAUUCCCACCUUCCUCCUGACCCGACGCAACAAAUCCAAAAGCAGCUGGACUGUCUUUUCCCCCUACGAUCCUGGACAGUUGACCUGUCGGCCUCCCUCCCUACCUCCCUCCUUCC